CCCUCUUGAAUUUUGCCAAGAAUGUUCCUGUUCACUGGGAAUGAUCGACUCACAGGGCCCAGGUUUCAUCUGUCAGUUGCGCUGAGCACAACCUCGCUCCCUGCUCAGGUGUCACCACAAAGGGCCUGAGGAGGGGCUGGGCAUUUCCCCAGAGCCUCCUCCCAACCCAAGGAGAUGCUGCCGUUCUUGACUUUGGAAGGCAAAGAAGGGUCAGAUUCAGAAGAGAAGAUGGACAGUUUCAUAGAAGAUCAAAGAGAAGUCAUCACCCUGGCUUUUGUGAGAGAGAACACUGGGACACAAAAAGGGCUUCAGAACGUCCAGCAGCAAGGCAAGAAGAAGAAAAAGAAAAAGAGAUGAUUGGUGAUCAAUCUAUCUAGCUGCCGAUAUGAGAGUGUGCGUAGGGCUGCCCAACAGUAUGGCCUUCGAGAGGGAGGGGAGAACGAUGACUGGACUCUCUACUGGACAGACUACUCAGUGUCACUGGAGCGAGUGAUGGAAAUGAAAAGCUACCAGAAAAUCAAUCACUUCCCUGGGAUGAGUGAAAUCUGCCGCAAGGACUUGCUGGCCAGGAAUAUGAACCGCAUGCUAAGGAUGUUCCCUAAAGAUUUCUGCUUUUUCCCUAGGACCUGGUGUCUCCCUGCUGAUUGGGGAGAUUUGCAGAGCUACAGCAGGUCAAGAAAAAAUAAGACGUACAUUUGUAAGCCGGAUUCAGGCUGCCAAGGGAGAGGUAUAUUCAUCACCCGGUCGGUGAAAGAAAUCAAACCAGGGGAGGAUCUGAUCUGUCAGCUCUAUAUUUCAAAGCCCUUUAUCAUUGAUGGGUUCAAAUUUGACCUACGGAUCUAUGUGCUGGUGACAUCUUGUGACCCUCUCAGGAUUUUUGUGUACAAUGAAGGACUUACCCGCUUUGCUACGACCUCUUACUCCUACCCUUGCUCAGACAACCUGGAUGACAUCUGCAUGCACCUGACUAAUUAUUCCAUUAAUAAGCACAGUUCAAAUUUCAUUCGAGAUGCUCACUCUGGCAGCAAGAGGAAGCUCUCCACCUUCAACAUCCACAUGGAGAAUCACGGCUACAACAUGGAGCAGAUAUGGAGAGACAUCGAGGAUGUUAUCAUCAAGACAAUCAUCUCGGCCCACCCCAUCAUCAAGCAUAACUACCAUACCUGCUUCCCCAACCACACACUCAACAGUGCCUGCUUUGAAAUCCUGGGCUUUGACAUUUUGCUGGACCGCAAACUCAAACCCUGGCUGCUGGAGGUCAACCACUCUCCAAGCUUCUCCACUGACUCCUGGUUGGAUAAAGAGGUAAAAGACAAUCUGUUGUAUGACACCUUGGUCCUGAUCAACCUAGGAACCUGUGACAAAAAGAAAGUCUUGGAGGAAGAAAGACAGCGGGGACGGUUCUUGCAGCAAUGUCGUUCUCGGAAGACCAGGAUUGAGGAAGUCAAGGGUUUCCAGGCUGUGUGGUUAAAGAAAACUGAGAAGUAUGAGAAGGAAAACUGUGGAGGAUUCCGGUUGAUAUACCCCAGUCUGAACUCGGAGAAGUAUGCGAAGUUUUUCCAGGACAACAACUCCCUCUUCCAGAAUACUAUUGCUUCCAGGGCUCGGGAGGUGUAUACCCGGCAGCUGAUCCAGGAGCUGAGACUAAAACAGGAGAAAAAAGCCUUCGGAGUGAAAGACAAGAAGGCAGAGAUGCCGGGGGAAUCAGCAGGCGAGCAAAGAAGGGGCAAGCGCGUGAGGAGCUGUCAACAGAGACAGCAGCAGAAACCCAAGGCCACCGACCACAGCUCCAAACAACCCUUGACAUUAGUGUCCUGCAAACCUGACUUGCCCUUGAGUGUCAGUGAUGUAAAGAACAGUGAAAUACACUACAGCUUCAACCAGGAGGCCCCCCAGAAGGAGGCUGGCCCUGCUCUCCCCAAGCCUACACCUGCCAGGCGCUUCGGCUCUGUACCCGACUUGAGGAAUUCAGGCCUUUUCAGCUAUGGGCUGGAGCUCGGUAAACCCAGCUUCCAGGGUGCCAAGUCUGCCUCUGCAGGGAGCAUAUCUGCCAGCACUGCGCCCUUUACCUCAGUAGGAACCACUCAAUUAAACACCACCAAAGCUCUACCCUCCCCUGAGUCUCAGCCAAAGCUGACCAUGACAAUCAGCUCUGAAUGCAGCAGCCCAGAGUUGGGCAGGAUGGUCUCCUUUCAAGACAAGAAGCAGCAGAUCCCCCAGCACCUCAUCCAGGAGAAAAUUUUGAAACCAUCUCUGCCUAAAAACUUCCAGAGCUUCUGGGGGACCGUGAACUCAAACUUGACUUUGGUAAAGCAGGACAAGCAUCAGAAGCAGCAUCUGGUGUCAGAGAUAUUCACGAAGCUUCAACUGAAAAGGAAGCUCUCCUUGUUCCCGGUUCGCUACAACUCAAAGAUUUUCUUCAAGAGUAACCAGACCCAAAACCCCUCCCUGCCUCGGCAGUGGUACUUCCGCACCCGAAGCUCUGCCGAGAAGAGGAAGCUGAAUGUGUCUUCCCUCCUCCUCUUGCCGAGUCCUCACAGCCAGGAUGUUUCCCUGAAUGACCUGCUGGUGGUUGCCACUCCAGCCAGACUGGAUCCGAGGCCUGGCAGAAGCUAUACAGGUGCCAUGAGAGACCUGUAUAUACCAGAUCAGGAAGCAUAUACUCACUCCUUGUUGUCUGGCCAAAAGGGAUAUGAGCUGAACUAGGAUCAGACUGGAUCUCUGCUAUUUUUUCCCCUCCUACCUCCGACUCCCAGGAAACUAUUUGUCUCUUUCCACAGUGUCUACAAUGUCCAUAGAAUCAACUGAAAGUUGUAUCUCCUCAUUCAGAUAUCCUGAUCUUGUAAAUACCUCCCCUUAGCACCACUGAGACCAAUAGCCUUGCUUUUUGUGCCCACUCAUUCAGCUUACAGUGCUACUUCUGGAAAUUGUGUGGUGCUGCCCCUGGACACACCCCGAUCGCCCCACCAGUGGCAUUCCUGUGGAUCCUUCACAUGUCACCACCAUCCUGAACACUCCUUCAGACAGAGCAACCUGUGUGUGUUGGAGAGUGGGGUGGGGGAGGGUAUGUGUCAGAGAAGGAUUCACAGUUUCUAGGAGUACAAAGCCCUCAGCCCACCAACAGGCCUAUGUUGGUUGGUCUUUAACUCCAAAGAUAAAAGACAGGGACAGGGCUGAGUAUGAUGGGUAACCAUAAGUCCCAAGUAAGGGAAGCAGGGCAGUUGUAAGUUCACCAGUUAAAGACCACUCCAGCCAACCCAGGGCUCUACAACCUGUGUUCAAACAUCUUCCUGCUUACCUCCCUUACCAUCCCAGCUUAAUCUGGCCAGAAACAGGCGAGGCAAGAGCAUCUAGCCUGCAGAUUUUUCUUCCAUCGGCCUGCAAAAAUGACGUACCUUCCCCUCAGGUGUAUAUUAAUAAAAUAAAUUGCCAUGCUCAAUGCCAGGUGGAGAAGCCUGAUCCAGAAGGAGAGUGGGAAGGGGAAGUGGGAGAAAUAUCUCUCUUAUGCAUGCCUCAAUAAAAUAGUUCCAAUCCACUUUAAAUGUAUCAGGAACGUUUGAAGAAUUUCCUCAGAUGAAUGGUCUACAGUAAGCCCUGCUCUCUUUUGUUGAGUUGGCCCUCUCCAGAGGACCGUGGCUCAUUUGUCUCUGCCCAGCAUGAGGCCUGGCCAAACUCCAGGGACGAUGUUCACCCUGUCCCUUUCUGCCACAUCACUUUCUGUGCUCUCUCCAGGAAUAUGGUCAAGAA